AUGGUUGGGGCAGCUGUAAAUACAAGAGAAGGGGCUAAAGAAACAAUUAAAGAAUUGGUUAAAGCUGGAGUUGAUGUUCUUGUUAUUGAUUCUUCUAACGGUGCAAGUAUAUAUCAAUUAGAAUUACUUUCCUGGAUUAAACAAAAUUUUCCCGAAUGGCCACAAGUAAUUGCUGGAAAUGGUUUUUUUGGAAAUAUUUUUUUUAAUUUUAUUAUUUUAAAUGAAGUUGUAACAAUGAAUCAAGCUAAAUUACUUAUUGACGGAGGGGCAGAUGCUUUACGUGUAGGAAUGGGUAGUGGAAGUAUUUGCACAACACAAGAAGUUUGUGCUGUUGGUCGUGCACAGGGUUCUGCUGUUUAUAAUGUUUCUCGAUAUGCAAGAUUAAGAGGAGUGCCAGUAAUUGCAGAUGGAGGAAUUAGAGAUAUUGGUUAUAUAACAAAAGCAAUGGCAUUAGGCGCCUCAACUGCAAUGAUGGGUGGAUUGUUGGCUGGAACAAACGAAGCUCCAGGCGAAUAUUUCUGGGGAUCAACAGGUGUGCGUCUAAAGAAAUACAGAGGAAUGGGUUCUUUGGAUGCUAUGGAGACAAAUGCUACAAGUAGCUGUUUCAAAUAUGUUCCAUAUAUUAUUCGUGGUAUCCAGCAUGGACUUCAAGAUAUUGGUGUUCGAAAUUUUGAUGAAUUAAGGUAA